GCCUGCGGUCGUUGGCCUCAUUCGAGUCGUUGCGCCGGCCGUAGGCGGACGUGCAGUUCCCCGCGCUUGCUUUCCUGCUGCUCCCGUGUUCUCCUCCGCGCCGGCAAGAUGGCCCACAAGCAGAUCUACUACUCGGACAAGUACUUCGACGAGCACUACGAGUACCGGCAUGUCAUGUUGCCCAGAGAACUCUCUAAGCAAGUACCAAAAACUCAUCUGAUGUCUGAAGAGGAGUGGAGGAGACUUGGUGUCCAACAGAGUCUAGGAUGGGUUCAUUACAUGAUUCAUGAGCCAGAACCGCAUAUUCUUCUUUUUAGACGGCCUCUUCCAAAAGAACAACAAAAAUGAAGUACAGCUGGGAUCAUCUAAUCUUUUUCAAAUUUAAUGUAUAUGUGUAUAUAAGGUAGUAUUCAGUGAAUACUUAAAAUGUACAAAUCUUUCAUCCAUACCUGUGCAUGAGCUGUAUUCUUCACAGCAACAGAGCUCAGUUAAAUGCAACUGCAAGUAGGUUGUUUUAUGUUGUUAAAGAUAGAUUUUCUUGUAGUUUUUUUCUUAAUAUAAGUGCCUGUUUUACUUUACCUGUUACUUUUGUUAAAUAAAGUUUGUAUGUUGCAUUUAUCACUGUUGUUGAAAUUAAUUUGACU